AACUCGUUAACCCAGAGAGCGGCUACAACUCAACAGCGAAACUCAACACAGUGUUACCCAUGCCUCUCUGCCUUAAAGCAAAAGACACCUUCAGCCUAUACUGAGCUCUGCAGGAACAAAUAAUGACUCCAAUCCUGCCCCAGGCCAUAAAUUAUGAUUACCGAUAAGUCUGAUAUUAGAAACCGGCAAUAAAACUGUAUUGUGAUGAUCUAUCUGCACCCAACUCUCUAAUUUAUUUGUGUGUGGAUUGGGCUAGAGCUGACGACCAUGCAAGAAAUUCCUCCAGCUGCAGAUGCUCCUCCUGCCAAGUCGGACGUUGCCAUCGAAAUUCAGUCAGAGGCCGCGCCUCCGCCUUACCACCCGACCCAUAGUGGUCAGCCAAAUCCGCCCCCGCCAGGACCUCAGGUGGUCUACCAGCAGCCGCCACCUCCACCAACAGUCCAUGUGAUCCAUACGCAACCCACGCCACUGGUGUGUCCAGUUUGCCAGAACACUUUGUGGUUGUCCCACUAUCCACUGUCUGCUUGGUUGGUGGGCAUUUUGCUGUUCCCCAUCGGCAUCCUCUGCUGCCUGAUGAUGAAGAAGAGAAUGUGCACUAAGUGCGGCCUGCGCAUUUCCGCUUAAGUCCACCCGGCAUUACUGUAAUAUAUUACAUCUCACAGUUUAUUUACAAAAUAUUAAUUACAAGGUUCGUUCGCAA